ACUCUGAUACUAAAAAAGAACGUUAGACGUGUCGCUCGGAGCUCUAUCAAAGCGAUUACAAGUGAACAAAAUAUAAAAGUGCACAGGCAUAAAUACUGGCAAACAUUUAUUUGACGAGUGUCUGUCGAGUGCUAUCAAAACAAAGGCCAACAUAAACUGUAAACAAGCUAAGGAAUUUAAAGUAUUCCAAAGCCAACAUAUAUACAAGUGAAUUGUGAAGAAAACAAGAACAACAAGAACAACAACUGCAAUAAUAAAAAUAAUUGUUACCAACAUUCAAUAAGCGAGUAACUAAAGCAAUCAACAUUGAGACAACAAUAAACAAUAUGAAACUAAGACUCUUGCGCUGUUUGCGCAAUCCGAAGCAAUCGGCAAAGCAGAAUCCGAGGGAGGAGCUGCAGGCACAGCAUCAUCGCAUGAUCAAGGAUAAUAUGCCAUUGAAUUUUAAGGAUACAAUGGUGAAGAUCCUGCUGCUGGGCACCGCCGAAUCGGGCAAGACAACAAUCAUCAAACAGAUGCGUAUACUUCAUAUCAAUGGAUUCACCGACGAUGAGCGUCGCGAAAAGAUACCCGAAAUCUAUCAGAACAUCCAUGAUUCCAUCAUUCAGCUGGUGCAGCAAAUGGACGCACUGCAUCUGCAAUUUGGCAGCUUUACGAGCGAGCGCAGCGCCAACUAUAUCCUGUCCCUACCCGCCGAGGCGCCCGAGUACUUUUCUGAGGAGUACUGUGACCAUGUAAUGACACUAUGGAACGAUGUUGGCAUCCGCAACUGCUACGAUCGCUCGAAUGAAUUCCCGCUGCUGGACAGCGCCAAAUACUUUCUCGAUAACUUUGCGAGAAUUUGUGAAAUCGACUAUAUACCGAGUACGGAGGAUAUUCUGCACAGUCGAAAGGUGACCACUGGCAUCACGAAAAUCACAUUCCGUGUGCCCAUACCCAAGAGUCUGGGUGGUGGCGAACAGGAGUUCCGCAUGUACGAUGUGGGCGGUCAGCGUGAUGAGCGGAAUAAGUGGAUUCAAGUCUUUGAGGGCAUUCAGGCGGUGCUGUUUCUCAUUUCCUGCAGCGAAUUCGAUCAGAAUCUACGCGAGGAUCCCAACCAGAAUCGUUUGCAGGAAGCGCUUAAUCUCUUCCGCGCUGUCUGGCAGAAUCGUUUCCUCGCCUCCGCCGGCCUCAUAGUAUUCCUCAACAAGUUUGAUAUUAUGGAGCGGAAAAUACGCGCCGGCAAGCAUAUCGUUGACUAUUUUCCGGAAUUCGAGGAGUUCAGCAAACGGUCUCAGCAGCAACAGAGCUGCUUCGAUGAGUGCGACUGGACCAAGAUGUUCAUCAAGCAGAAGAUGGUGGAUAUCACUCAGGAGCAGUUCAAACGGAAUUCGCGCAAUCAGUGCGAUUUGAGCUACUCGGAAAGGGAGUGCUAUUAUCACUUCACUGUGGCCACCGACACGCGAUGCAUUCGCGAUGUUUUCAGCGAUGUUCAGCAAAUGAUUUUGUCAGAGAAUAUGGCCGGAUCAUCUCUCUUAUAGAUUAUCUUAUCUUAAGUGAUUGCGCUCCGAAUAGAGUUGCCUUUACCAACUGUGAUUUUGUAAGCUACAAUUUAGUCUAUAAGCGAAAUUAAUUUUAAAACAAUGGUUUAUCCAUUAAUCCAUACCAAGCAGCUGUAAUCUAAUUAGUUUAUAAUAACUUAUGGAUAUGAAAAUAUUAAAACAAAAAAAACCCUACUCAGACAACAUAAA